GUCUGCCAUCACAGUCGUCGCCAUUGUUCAAUUCCAUUCCCGAACCAAAGUUGAAGUUGAAAAAAGAAAGAAAAACACAGAACACUCUCACGAAACACGAAAAUUUUGCUAGAAAACUUUUUUUAAAACAUACCCAGGUCCAGGAAACACCUCAAAAACAUUAAUUCAAUAAUAAAAGUGUUUUCUUCGCUAAAAAUUGGGCGACAAACUUAUCAUAAUUAUCCAAAUCUAAAUCGAAAGAUCAGAGUGCUUGCCGUGUCGUGUACAAUUGUGCAAGGAGAUUGAGAUUUCUUGAGAGAUUGUGGAAAAUCAAAAAGAAAAUUAUAAUUUUUUAACAGUGUCAGCGACUUUGAUUGGAAUAAAAAAGUAAAGACAUAAAAAUCACCAGGAAAUGUCUGCGAUGAAUCCGGAAUACGACUACCUCUUCAAAUUGCUUUUGAUUGGUGAUUCUGGAGUUGGAAAGUCAUGCCUUUUACUUCGUUUUGCCGAUGAUACCUACACAGAGAGUUACAUAAGCACAAUCGGAGUAGACUUUAAAAUUAGAACAAUUGAGUUGGAUGGAAAGACUAUUAAAUUGCAAAUCUGGGAUACUGCUGGUCAGGAAAGGUUUCGUACAAUUACUUCGUCAUACUAUCGUGGCGCUCAUGGUAUUAUUGUUGUCUACGAUUGUACGGACCAAGAGUCGUUCAAUAAUGUCAAACAGUGGCUCGAAGAAAUCGAGCGUUAUGCUUGUGAGAAUGUAAAUAAAUUGCUUGUAGGAAAUAAGAGUGAUUUGACCACCAAAAAGGUCGUUGAGCAUACCACUGCUGCCGAAUAUGCAAACCAAUUAGGCAUUCCAUUCCUUGAGACAUCAGCUAAGAGUGCAACUAACGUGGAACAGGCUUUCAUGACAAUGGCAGCUGAGAUUAAAAACCGCGUUGGACCGCCGUCAAGCUCCACCGAGCCGGCCAGUAAUCUUAAGAUUGAUCCAGGGCGUCCAGUGGAAACUACCAAAUCUGGUUGCUGUUGAAUGCUUUAACAUAUAAACAAUAAAAAAAAAAAAACAAAAAUACAACUACACACACACACAUAAUAAAAAUAAUAAUAAAUAAUAAAAAAGAAAAUUUAUUAAAAAAUUUAAAAAAAAAGAACAACAACCAUACAAAGUAAAAAAAAAAAACAUUUAAAGUUGCAAACAGAAAAAACAAAAGAAAAGUGCGCCGACAAUGACGCCCUACGCCAACGACAAGCAAUGCGUCGUCGUCAGCCACUCAACCAACCUCUCCCCCAAAAAGUGCAUUCUCCUCUUAGUUGCACAACAUUCAGAAAAAAAAGAAGGCAAAAAUUAUAUUUAUAGCGUAUCCUUUAUUCCACUUUAAAAUUAGUUUAAAGUCGGGCUAAAGUAAUAAAUUAAAAAAUAUGUUCACUUAAUCUAAAACCUAUAUACAAAAUAUAUAUAAAUAUUAAAAAACAAACAAACAAUCGAACACAGCAUUAAAAUAAUAAGACGUCCUAGUUACUUUCUAACAACUGAACAACAAAGCAAACACCAUUCGUCACUCACUUCUUUGCAAUCUUCGUCGCAAUUUUGGUUUUAUAUUUUUCUGUUGUUUUUUUCUCCAGUUUUCUUUGUUUAUUUCGAUGCCCAAUUUAUUAUUUAAAGUUACGCGCUCUUUCUUAUUAAUCCAUUUAUAUUAAUCUUAUUUUAUAUUGUACGCCCAUUUUUUUUUAUAAAUAUUAUUUUUAUGUAUUUUAGUUUAUUUGUUUUUAUUUUUUGUCGUUUGUAUUUUGCAAAUAUUCUCGUAAUCUAAAUAUAUUUUUUUAUUUAAAAUAAAUAAAAGAAAACAUGAAACACAAACAAAACAAAAUAACGAAUGAAACAUAGGAGAGAUAUGAGUAUAAACAAAAAAAUAUUAAUUUUGCAAUAAAUUGUUCUCUUUUAUGUUGUUACGUAAACGGCGGAAAACAAUUUUAAUUACAACAAUAAAAUGAAAAGGAACAAGACACACUAACUAUAAA